AAUCCAACUACGCUGUAACGUGACACGCGUCAUUCGAAACCUCGCUCCCGUCAGCGUCAUUCGUCAUCCCCCUCAGCCUCCCCCCCCGCGCCCGCCGCCCCCGCACCGCUCCGCUACCAACCAGAACUCGUGACGUCAACACACGCGGUCACUGGCACCAGCUGCAGCACAACACCCGACGCAUGCGCAGAGCGGACCUUCGCUCAGAAACAAUCACCCUGCGCAUGCGCAGAGUGGCAGUCACCGGACUUGGGAUUCCGUCGGGGCCCGGCGUCAGCUGCCUUUCCGUUCUGGGACUUAGCCGCGCGCGGUCGUCAGUGUUCAGCGUGGAAUUUUCCGGAAAUUACUGGAUAGUUUGAGAUGGAGAACGGCAGCGGUGAUGUCCCUGUCAACGGAACGGGAGAGCUGAGCACCGUGAACGGGGAGUCGAAGGAGCACAAGUCGGAGCACCGCUCCAAGGAGCACAAGUCCAAGCACAAGAACAAGCACAAGGACAAGGAUAAGGACCGGGAGCGCAGCCGCGACCACAAGUCGUCACACAAAGAUAAACACCGAAGCAAAGACCACAAGUCUCACAAGUCGAGCUCGAAGGACAAAGACCGUCACAGCAGCUCCAGUAAAAGUGACAGAGACAAGGACAAGGAUCGACACCGGGACAAGGACAGGGAUAAGGACAGACACCGGGACAAGGACAGGGACAAGGACAAGGACAAGCACCGGGACAAGGACAAGCACAGGGACAAGGACAAACACGGCGAUGGCAAACACAGGGACAAACAUCGGGAGGACAAGGACAAGCCCAGGCCGGUCGAGCCCAAGGAAGAGCCAAAGGAGGAGCCGAUGGAUGAUUUCAAGAUCAACACUGAUUCAGCUGAUGAUUUCAAGAUCAAGUCAGAGCUUGAUGAGGAGCCCAUGGACACGGCUGAGUCGUCCCCGGCGGCCUCUGCCGACCAGUCGGCCGCCGACGACUCGCAGGACUUCACCGACGGCGACGACGAGCCGCGGCCGCUGGUGAUCAAGGAGGACCCAGAGAGCGAGGAUGACGCGCCCCUGUCGGCUCGUGUGAAGCCGAAGCCGUCCAAGGCGGACUACGAGAGCGAAGAGGACGUGCCGCUCUCGGCCCGCAUCAAGCCCAAGCCCAAGGCGAAGCGGAAGGCGGCUGAUACUGACGACGAGUACGACGCCAAGCCGACCAAGAAAGUAAAGAAGGAAUCAGUGAAACGUACCCCGGCAAAAACCGAGACGCUCAGUCCGACCAAGAAGAAGAAAAAGGAGGAAGAGGAGAGGGAAGUCUGGAAGUGGUGGGAGGAGGAAAAGGUGAACGAUGGCGUCAAGUGGCGCACGCUGGAGCACAAGGGCGUGCUGCUGGCGCCGCCCUACGAGCCGCUGCCCGGACACGUCAAGUUCUACUACGACGGCAAGGAGAUGCGCCUCUCGGAGGAGGCCGAGGAAAUCGCCACGUUCUACGCCAAAAUGCUCGACCACGACUACACCACCAAGGAGGUGUUCAACAAGAACUUCUUCCACGACUGGCGCAAGGCCAUGACCGAGAAGGAGCGCGAGAAAAUCACCCACCUGAAGAAGUGCGACUUCACCAAGAUGGCCGCCUGGUUCAAGGAGAAGACCGAAGAACGCAAAAACAUGAGUAAGGAGGAGAAGAAGGCGCUGAAAGAGAAGAACGAGGAGAUCACCAAAGAGUACGGCUUCUGCAUGCUGGACGGUCACAAGGAGAAGAUCGGCAACUUCCGCGCCGAGCCGCCCGGUCUGUUCCGGGGCCGCGGAGAGCACCCCAAACAGGGGAAGGUGAAGCGGCGCAUCCAACCGGAGGACAUCAUCAUCAACAUCGGCAAGGAGGCCAAGGUGCCGGAGCCGCCGGCCGGCCACAAGUGGAAGGAGGUGCGCCACGAUAACAGCGUCACCUGGCUGGCCUCGUGGACGGAGAACAUCCAGGGACAGAUCAAGUACGUGAUGUUGAACGCCGCCUCCCGGCUCAAGGGCGAGAAGGACUGGCAAAAGUACGAGACCGCCCGCCGGCUCAACAAGAGCGUCGACAAGAUCCGAGAGUCCUACCGGGACGACUUCAAGAGCAAGGAGAUGCGGAUACGACAGCGCGCCGUGGCCAUGUACUUCAUUGACAAGCUGGCGCUCCGAGCCGGUAACGAGAAGGACGAGGACCAGGCGGACACGGUGGGCUGCUGCUCGCUGCGCGUCGAGCACAUCACGCUGCAGGAGGAGCUCAACGGCAAACAGUACGUGGUGGUGUUCGACUUCCUGGGAAAGGACUCGAUCCGCUACUACAACGAGGUGGCCGUCGAGAAGCGCGUCUUCAAGAACCUGCAGCUGUUCAUGGAGAACAAGAGCCCCGGCGACGACCUGUUCGACCGUCUCAACACGGGCAUCCUGAACAAACACCUCAACGAGCAGAUGGAGGGCCUGACGGCCAAGGUGUUCCGCACGUUCAACGCGUCGCGGACGCUGCAGGAGCAGCUGGACCUGCUGACCGAGGAGGACAUGACCGUCAACGAAAAGAUUUUAGCCUACAACCGGGCGAACCGAGCGGUGGCAAUUCUGUGUAACCAUCAGCGCGCGGUGCCCAAGACCUUCGACAAGUCGAUGGAGAACUUAAUGAAGAAGAUCGCCGACAAGAAGGAAGCGUUAGAGGAAGCUGAGAAGGCGUACAAAGCGGCCAAGCGGGCGUCCAAGAACGGCGGCAGCGUCAAGGAGCGCACCGUGGCCGAGCAGAAGCGCAAGGCGGUGGAGCGGACUCGCGAUCAGCUCAACAAGCUGGAGCUGUCGGCCACCGACAAGGAGGAGAACAAGGAGAUCGCGCUGGGCACCUCCAAGCUCAACUACCUCGACCCGCGCAUCUCGGUGGCCUGGUGCAAAAAGUGGGACGUGCCCAUCGAGAAGGUCUACAACAAGACGCAGCGCGACAAGUUCCGCUGGGCCAUCGACAUGGCCGGGCCCGACUUUGUGUUCUGAGCGCGGCUCGCCGGCCCGCCGGCAGUGCAUGUGGCGGCGACUGGCAAGCCUAGGAGAGAAUGAAUUUGAGAGGAUGAAGAGCGCCGACCGGCCGCUGGGAGUGACGGUGCGGUGACGGACGCGGGCGGGACGUGCGCUCUGCUGACGGCGCUCGCUCGGCCGUGCUCUCGGCCGUGCUGGCGGCGGUUUGUGAUACUUGUUUUCCUGGAGCGGACCGGCCGGUGUGGGUGGCAGCGGCGGGUCUGCGGGACCGCCGCCGCCCAGUGUCGUGAGAUGUGAAGUGUCUGGCGUGGGCCGCGGGGAGGGGGAGGGACGGAGGGAGGGACAGUGCCCGCGCCGGGAGUGGGCCGCCGCGCCCCGUGUAACCGGCAGCGCCUAGGUUAAGUUCGAUUCUGCGUCACUCCAAAAUGCCGUCUUGUUGCCGAAUCCGCCAUCAGUUUUAGACCUGCGAUUUUCCUGGUUGUUGUGUUUGACAGACAUGAAUGUAGUCUUGCCAGUUUCAGGUAGUGCAAAUUUAAGACAUUAUUUACCACCGCGUUUUAUAGAAUUUGAGUGAGCGGGCGGAGGCCAAGGCAGUGGCAUGAUCAGUUUCGGCUUUUAGAUUAUUUGGAGUGGUCUUUCAGAGCCCAAAGUUGGUCGUUGACUGAAAGGAUAACGCGAGCCUGGCUAGGUAGGACGGGCGGCGCUCGGCGGGCGCGGCGGUGGCGCCCGCCGCCCCACGGCCGAGGCGCCUCAGCUAACCUCAUCGUAUGCAUAAAGCCACCAGAUCUGUAUGUGCAUCAACUCACCGAAAUCACCACUAAGUAGCAUGUGUCAUCGUUCGCCGGUCGCGGUGCCGUCAAUAUACGAUGAGCUCAUA